UUCACUGUCUGUGCCACAUUCAGAUGGAAAUGUCUUGGUGCUGAAGAUCUAUAUCGCAGCUCAGAAGAGCUGGUGGAGGAAGCUUUACAGAUCAGGUGAAUGCAGCCGCAUCGAGGCUGAUCAGGAACAGUGAUUAAGUUGGAAGGGAGUGGACAGAACCUAGGGCUUGCCAAAGCAAACAGCAGUGGCAGAGCACCCUCCCAAAGGAGUAUUCAGGAGCUUCAAAGCCCUCUAGAGAAGACUGAAGUCUUAGGAGGCCAGAAGGGGAAAACCAGUGCCCCAGAAAGACUUGGAAAUAUCCCCUAGCUUCAGCAACCUGAUAGGAGGCCCUGGCUAGAUGCCGCUGGCUUCUCUGUGCUGUGUGGUGUGGGAGCUGGAGGAGGAGCAAAAAUGGUGAAAGGGUCAGAGGACCAACUUGGGAAGAGCAUCUGUGUGGCACUUUGUAUAAAAGGGAAGUAUGAUAGAUAUCUAUCAAGUGAAUGGUUAUUUCCAAUUCCCAUUUACUUAAUCAUUCUGCAUACCUCCUACCUCCUCAGAUUCCCCCUGACAUUCAGCACAACAAGACAUUUAAAUGUCAUUAAAUGACAUUAAACAGGUCUUAAGACCUAUUUGAUAACCCAAUAUUUGGGGGGUUCCAGAGAUCCUUAGUACUACCAAGUGCCAGACUAUAAUCAUCUCUUGAUUAAGUCCUGCAUCCCUGACAGCAUGAAAUUAGAAGUAUGUUGCUCAAAAUAAAUACUUGCAACCCUUUCAGCACAAGGAUCACAUAUCAGAAUCUGUGUGGCUGGAUUGAAGUGUGCCCUUGACAGCAUAGACGUUUCCUUUGAUGGCACUGUCUUUCUCAUUUCUGAAACAGAAGGGCGCUAACUAGACGAGGACCUCAGCACUGUCUGUGUGAGCAGCACCAACUCCACAGCAUUGCCUUGGAGCUGGCCUUUCGGCAUGGGGAGGAUCGGCAUCUCCUGCCUUUUUCCUGCUUCUUGGCAUUUUAGCAUCUCUCCAGUAGGUUGUCCUCGAAUUCUGAAUACCAAUUUACGCCAAAUUAUUGUCCUUAGCAUCCUGGCUGCUUCUGUCUCACUUUUAUACUUUUCUGUCAUCAUAAUCCGAAAUAAGUAUGGGCGGCUAUCCAGAGACAAGAAACUUCAAAGGUACUUGGCACGAGUUACAGACAUUGAAGCUACAGACACCAGUAAUCCCAAUGUGAACUAUGGAAUCGUGGUGGACUGUGGUAGCAGCGGGUCUCGGAUAUUUGUGUAUUGCUGGCCACGGCACAAUGGCAAUCCUCGUGAUCUGCUGGACAUCAGACAGAUGCGGGAUAAAAACCGAAAGCCCGUGGUGAUGAAAAUAAAACCAGGCAUCUCAGAGUUCGCUACCUCUCCAGAGAAAGUCAGCGAUUACAUUUCACCGCUUUUGAAGUUUGCUGCAGAGCAUGUGCCAAGGGAAAAGCACAAAGAGACCCCACUCUACAUUCUCUGCACUGCUGGGAUGAGAGUCCUUCCAGAAAGUCAGCAGAAAGCCAUUCUGGAGGACCUCCUGACUGACAUCCCAGUGCACUUUGACUUCCUCUUUUCUGACUCUCAUGCUGAAGUCAUUUCGGGGAAACAAGAAGGUGUGUAUGCAUGGAUUGGCAUUAAUUUUGUCCUUGGACGAUUUGAGCAUAUUGAAGAAGAUGAUGAGGCACUUGUGGAGGUGAGCAUUCCUGGUAGUGAGAACAGCCAGGCCAUCAUCCGGAAAAGAACAGCGGGCAUUCUCGACAUGGGAGGCGUGUCGACCCAGAUAGCAUACGAAGUCCCCGAAACUGUAAGCUUUGCCUCCUCACAGCAGGAGGAAGUAGCUAAAAACUUGUUAGCUGAGUUUAACCUGGGAUGUGACGUUCACCAUACUGAGCAUGUGUAUCGUGUCUAUGUGGCCACAUUUCUUGGUUUUGGUGGCAAUGCUGCUCGACAGAGAUAUGAAGACAGAAUAUUUGCUAACACAGUUCAAAAGAACAGGCUUCUGGGUAAACAGACUGGUCUGACUCCUGAUGCUCCCUAUCUGGACCCCUGCUUACCCCUUGACAUUAAAGAUGAAAUCCAGCAAAAUGGGCAGACGAUGUACCUGCGGGGAACAGGGGACUUUGACCUGUGUCGAGAGAUGCUCCAGCCUUUCAUGAACAAAACCAAUGAGACGCAGACUUCCCUCAAUGGGGUCUACCAGCCCCCUAUUCACUUCCAGAACAGUGAAUUCUAUGGCUUUUCUGAAUUCUACUAUUGUACUGAAGAUGUGUUACGGAUGGGGGGAGACUACAGUGCUGCUAAAUUCACUAAAGCUGCAAAGGACUAUUGUGCAACAAAGUGGUCAAUCUUGAGGGAUCGCUUUGACCGUGGACUCUAUGCCUCGCAUGCUGACCUCCAUCGGCUUAAGUAUCAGUGCUUCAAAUCAGCCUGGAUGUUUGAGGUGUUCCACGAGGGCUUCUCGUUUCCUGUUGGGUAUAAAAACCUGAAGACGGCCUUGCAGGUGUAUGACAAGGAAGUGCAAUGGACCUUGGGGGCUAUCCUUUACAGGACCCGCUUUUUACCAUUGAGAGAUAUCCAGCAGGAUGUUUUCCGGGCCAGUCAUGCGCACUGGCGGGGCGUUUCCUUUGUCUACAACCACUACCUGUUCUCUGGCUGCUUCCUGGUGGUCCUGCUGUCCAUCCUCCUCUACUUGCUAAGGCUGCGACGCAUCCACCGACGCUCACCCCGCCACAGCUCAGCCGCAGCACUCUGGAUGGAGGAAGGCCUGCCCUCCCAGAAGGUGGCCGGCACCCUAUGAAUGCAGGCACAGCUGUGGCAAGACUUUUAUAGGAAAAGCCAUUUUUGCCUCAGGGUUUCUCCUCUGUGUUCUCAGAUGGUUUUAUUUUUCCUUUCCCUUUUUGUUCUUUUAAACAAAAUCCAUUGUAUGUCGGCCCUGCUGUCUAGAAAGUACACUGCCUUUAGCCGUUUUGAAUACAGCUUUAACUGAGGAGUAGAAAAAAGGGAAACACCUGAUUUUUGCUGCAUAAGGUGUCUGCCAAAAAUUAAUGAGAUUUGUGGGUUUUUCUUUAAGAUAUGGUAAAUUUUCAACAAAUGCACUUUGAUUUUGGAGGCAGGUAGGAAAGAUGCUUUCUGUCAGUCAGUGGAGAUAGGACUGAAGAUUGACACUUGUAUGGAACCCAGAAGGCAAAUUAUAACCCUCUGUCUUUUUUGAAAGCUCCAACCUGAAGAGGGUGAUAUUUAUUUUUUAUUCAUUGUGCAGGUCUGCCCCUGUGUUUUCUUUGCAGAUUUAAAAAUUCAAAAUCAGUAUGUCCAAAAUAGAUUUAAAAAAAAAAAAAGCACCAGGAGGAAACUAUUUUUAAAACUGAUAGUGAAAGAUGUGAACUGUUGACCAGAGCGUGUGAAAAAUGCUGAGGACCCAGAGAGAGGGACAUGUACCCUGCACAGGCUGCUUUGCAUCAUUUGAUCUAGGAAGUGCUCCUUGCUGUUUUCUUUCCUAAUUGCAGGUAACUGCGUGCAUUAUCCAAUCUUUCAGCAUCGUUAGAAAAUUUGUUUUUGAAAGAAUUGGAGAAUUCAUAAAAUUUCCCUCAUUUUAAUUAAACUUCAUGAGAACUGAGCAGGUGUGUACUUCUAGGUGCUUCAGCAUUUCUUAGAAGUUCAUUUGUGCUUAUUGAGUUAUGCAGUUUUUUCCAAUUUCAAGUUAGUAUAACGUCCCCCUCCCACUCCCUACCCCCCGCCCCCUGUUAAAAGUUGUCUUAGCAGUUUUACUUACUAAGAAAUUUUUUUUUAAAUGCAAAAGUUGUUUUUUUUUUUUAAAGUUCAUUUUCCUGGUUCAGGUUUAGAGACUAGACUCAACCCCAUGUUAAGGGCUGCUUAGAGCUGCAACUGUGGCUGGCAUGCCCCAGUAAAUCCGGGCCAAGGAAAACUGUGAAUUUAACACAAGAAGUAAAUUUAUAUUUUGAAGAAAGCAGAUUUGACACUUUAAGCAAAAACCAAAAAAGGACAACUGGAUUGGCAUAUGCCUUUCACCUAUUCUUAGUUUAGAAAUUCUCAGUUUUUUUAAGAAGUUCUUUUAUGAGAGUACGUGUUUGUACAUUUCUGGACCCUAAAACGGUUAAAUUAACGUAGAUAGCAGCAAUUGGUAUUCUGAGAACCCAUUAGCUAUUUAUUAGAAAAUCAUUGAUUAGAAAAACAAUUCAAAUUCUGAAUCCCUGUUUAAGCUAGAAAAAGGAGUUGAAAUUUAUCUUGAUUGAUUACUAAUUAUAAGACACAGUGUCUAUUGAUGACUUCAAAGAUUACUGAUUUGUAAAAGAAAUGUGAAUGUUUUAAUUCUCUUCAAAGUGAAUAUUCUAGCAAAGAAGAAAGUUAUUGGUGGAGAGUUAGAGAAGGCAGAUGUUAUAGCAUCUGAAGUGCUGGCCGCCAGCCACUUAAAUCCAGUGCAGUUGAGCUGCCGUCGGUACCCCAGGAGCACACUGAGCUGCGCCUCACCUUGAGUUCAGAGCCUUGUGGACCCUGGUGGUGUCAUUGAGGAAAAGUAAGUGCAGUUACAGUUUAGCUUCUCUAUUGCCAGCUAGUUGGAACAGCAGGGCCCUACCCUGUAGAAUAAAAUCUAUAAAUGCUUAGAGUUUGUGGUUUUACCUUUAAAUCAAGACAAAGAGAAGCUAGCCCAGGAAUAGAUUUAAAUAGUCCUUCAUUAAAACUUACUCGCUUAAAUAAACACUCUUGAAGCCUAUAAUUCCAGCAAUUUAGGAGGCUGAGGCAGGAAGAUUCCAAGUGUGAGGCAAGGCUGGGCAACUGUUUUCUGUACUGUCUUACAGAAAAAAACAAACAAAAAUGCUGGACUGUCUCCUGGAUUCAAUCCAGGAUGGAUAAAUGAAUAAAUAAGCAAACAAACACUCUUUUAAAUGAGGAAGUCAAUUUAGUCCAGCUCUGCAUUUGGGGGGCAGAGUAGACACACAAAGGAGCUCUGAUGUUAGCCUGCUCAAAAGAUCCCGUUGCAAGAACCUACCUCAUUCUCCAAAAGAAGUCCCCAGAUUAGGGUUCCGCAUUCCACACUACCUUGUACCUGAUAAGCAUGCACGCUUCUCUCACAGCUCCUUGGAGCAGCUGGGCAAACUUGCCAAUCCAAAAGACCCUAGAGCUAAGAAUGGUUUUUGUGUUUUUAAAGAAGUUUAAAAAAAAUGUUGAAAAAUAUGCAGUAGAGACUAUAUGUGGCCUAAAAUAUUUGCGAAACGGCCUUUUACCAUUACAAAGAAUGGUAAAAGUUUUAUGGGAAAAGUUUGGUGGCUGUGUUACCUUGUGGUCACUGCUACAAAUACCUGAGUGAAUCAACUUGUACAGAGAACAGACAUUUUUUUUGGUUCACAGUUUCUGAGUUUUCAGUCUCUGAUGGGCUGAUCUUGCUGCUUUGGCCCUGUGUGAAGCAGCACAUUGCACAUUAUGGUGGAGCAAAAUCUGUCUGCUGGCUUUAAACCUGGAGCUAAGAGAGAGGAAGAGGAGGGGCCAGGGCCCAAGGACACACCCCCAGAAACCUGCCCCUGGGCCCACCUCUUAAAGGUUCUACUACCUCCCAGUAGUGCCAAAGUAGAAACAAGACUAAGCCUUCAACACACUAUAGCUGUGGCCCUGCAAGAACAGUCUCAUUCAAGAAAGGAAAUAGGCAUUCGUGGACACAAAAAAGAUGGGCAAAAGAAGUAACCAAGUUUCAACCUUAAAAUACUGGCUUAUCCACCAGAAGUUAACUUCGUAUCUUUGCUUUUAGAUUAUUUUUAAGAUCAGUGUCCUACCAAAUGAGGAAAUCUGCCCCAACUCCAAUUUUAAAAAUAGUGCUGUUUAAGGGCGCUCAGUGUUAUAUUGAGAAAACUGCAUCACAGCAAAUUGUAUUCCAGAGAGCCUCAGUAGUGUCUCAGAACUAUGUGUCCCAUGGAAGAGAAGAGGGCCACAUACUUCCUCUAAGUGUUGCAGGGAUGGAUUUGAGGCCAGCAGAGGAGAAGCUUGCUUCAGGCAGAGGAGGGUUCAUCCCAGUUCAGGAUUGGCAAGGAGAGCGGCCAAGUCUAUACUUGCAAUGGAAAGCAAAAGAAAUCAAACUGGGACUUGCUAAAAGCUUUGUCCAAGAAACGGUUUCUGUGAUAAUCUUGGUAGAAAGACUCCCCAGUAAAAGCUUAUGUCCCAUUAGCCAUGUCAUGUGCUCUCCUUUCUAUGCCUCCAGGAGAUGUUCUCACAGGCUUCACAGUCCAUUUAGGGACAUCACAGGAAAAGACACAGUUGUAUUUGCACCAGUUGUUUUUGCGCACACACACACACACACACCCUCCCCCUGAAACUGCUGGCUUUAGGCAGUGCCUACCAGCUCCAGGGGCAAGGGACAAAGAUGCUGCUCAUGGCUUAAGGCCAGUAUUGUCAGGGCUUUGCCUGAUGACCCUCAAGGCUCUUGCCCCUGUCAUCCACACCUCUGCACUCUAGCAUAGCAAAUGCUCGAUGAACAGAUAUUUAAAUUUUAAACUCAGGCCUACAUAGUUUUCCUUAUAAGGAGCAUGUAUCACUUCGCAAGAAACUGAAAAAGGCAAAUGUGUUUUCCAAGCUUUAAAAGAAAAUCUGCUUUAGAAUUGUGUGUGGUCAUGUGCAAUACAGCAAAACUACCUUCGAGUAAAUUAUUUAUUUAUUUCAGUGUUUUGUUUUUUAUGAUAUUGAGUUUCCCUUUCAAAAAUGGAUGAUGUGACCAAACAAGGAGAAUUCUUUGUUCUUUUACCCAAAUCGUAUUUUACAGUUAGGAAUUACAAGAACUAGGGGAACCUCUUUAAAUGUCUUUUGUUUAAGUGAUGGUUUCCAUUCAGAGUGAGAAAGGGUCCUGGGACAGGGUUGUGGUGUCAUAUCACCUUCUGCAUUUGGUCGCCUUGUCGCACUUGCACACGGAAGGGUGCUGAUAAUCAAUAACGUGAAGGUUCACCAGCAGCCCCUAGGUGUGUGCUUGCUUCUUGUGAUUGAAACAGAUUUCUCUCUGAUAUUUGAAUCUUUUUACUUGUUAGAAUGAUUGGUCAAAUUUGAGUCUAAGUUCAGUAAAAUAAAUUAAAUCUGACUACA